AGCAAUUUAGCUACCGCGCCCGAGUCUUGUAGCGUGUGUUUGCGUGUGUUGCCAAUCAUGCAAUACGCACCGCAAUACGCGCCACAGCCGGUGCCCCAAGCGAGCUCGAUGGUGGUGAGCAGCUCGCCGUACCAGACGGCUGGGUCCACUUACACUCCCUACGGAGCACCAGCCGCAGCUCCUUCAUUGGACCACACCCUCGGCAAAUGGUUUGCACCGGGUGAGGCACUUCCUCCCGGUUUCAUGGCAGUACCGCAUCCUGAGGGACACAUUGAGCCCCAGGCCCAUCACGCAAUGUCCGAAGCGGUGAAGGCCGCCAAGGGCUGGAUGGCAAACGCGAACGACAUGGCAUCCGGGAUGGCGUCCGAUGUUGCGGAUGCAACCAAGAAAGUCGGGAGUUCGUUGUCCAGCAAGAAGAAGAGCAAGAAGAAGAAGAGCUCCGGAUGGUGCUAAAUGGCCUGCCAAUAUGACGGCGAACUGUUGCGCAGCAACUGCAGAAUCGCCUCAAUACACCACCGGCCUACCUGCCCUGAGCCAUUUCAGGGUGUUGUGGGCGACAAUGCUGCAGACCAUUCGUUGACAUUAUUUGCAGUGGGUAGGCUGGAACAGCUUGCCGGUGGCAGCUAUUGUUUGAUACACGUUGCUAUCGGGUUUUGCCGUGGUUUUCCGGAUUCAAAAGGGCAUUGCCUGGACCAGGCCCGAACCCUGGUUCAGGCGUUGCCCUUUAGUUGACACAUGACACAGCCUGGAUGAACGAUGGCAACCACAAUGCCAAGAGUUUGUUUGCCUGCAGCGCAUUUGCAGCAUGGAUGACCCCGAAACACUGUAAUUUGCCGCCAUACACCAUCGCUCAAAUUCCCAGCCCUUUGUUUUUCACUCGGAGUGCUGAAGUGCUUAAGUGGGGGUUGAACCGUGGGGGUUGAAACGGAGUAUAGUCCGUGCAGAAGAUGUGAAGGUGGAGCAUGCCACGUUUGUUCAAUCGGAGGUCAUUUGGACGCACGCGCAGAGGUGCACGCACUGACAGCAGCCAUUUAGCUACCGCGCCCGAGUCUUGUAGCGUGUGUGUGUGUUGCCAAUCAUGCAAUACGCACCGCAAUACGCGCCACAGCCGGUGCCCCAAGCGAGCUCUAUGGUGGUGAGCAGCUCGCCGUACCAGACGGCUGGGUCCACUUACACUCCCUACGGAGCACCAGCCGCAGCUCCUUCAUUGGACCACACCCUCGGCAAAUGGUUUGCACCGGGGGAGGCACUUCCUCCCGGUUUCAUGGCAGUACCGCAUCCUGAGGGACACAUUGAGCCCCAGGCCCAUCACGCAGUGUCCGAAGCGGUGAAGGCCGCCAAGGGCUGGAUGGCAAACGCGAACGACAUGGCAUCCGGGAUGGCGUCCGAUGUUGCGGAUGCAACCAAGAAAGUCGGGAGUUCGUUGUCCAGCAAGAAGAAGAGCAAGAAGAAGAAGAGCUCCGGAUGGUGCUAAGUGGGCUGCCUAUUCAUUGACGUCAUUUGGAGUCAGUACUUGCCGGCGGCAGUUAUUGUUUGAUACAUUGAACUUGCUGUCGGAUUUUGCUUCGCUUUUCCGGAUUCAACCGGGCAUUGCCCGGACCAGGCCUGAAUCCUGGUUCGGGCGGUCCCUGUCGAUUGACUCACCUGGAUGAAUGAUGG